AUGACUGAGCGUAAGAAAACUGCUCUCAGAUGGCUUAACAGCGUUGGUAUACCAAGUUCAAGCGGAGUGGAAGCGGCGUGGUCGUGGGCGCAGCCGCAUCAAGGCUACCCACGGAGAUUAACGCCUUAUCCGAACCCAGCCAUGCACAUGGCGCAAAAGCGACAGCAAGUUCCGUACAACGCUCAGAAUCCAGCGGCUAUGCAGGGUUUCAACGGCGGUCUGACGACGGCCCCGAGUUACCCGACCAACUAUCCCACCGGGGCGAGGCCGAAUUUUCAGCAACAGUACCAGUCUAUGCAGAGUAUGAAUCCUACAGCGGCCGGUUUCGGGCCUAACCCGAUGAUACGAGCGACGAAUAUGAGGCAAGCGGCGCCGGCUUACAAUACCCCAUCUCAGACGGCCGCCGGCAACCAAUACGGCUACGGUAGCAACGGCGUACCCGGUGUCUGCAUGGUCCCACCUACCUCGGUUGGCAACCAAUUCGUCGGCCAUCAGCCGAACACGGGAUACGGCGGCGGCAACGCGUCGUACGGCGCGUCCGCCGUGGCGACCAGUCAAUACCAGCAAGAUGUGGUAUCGAUGAGAUCGUCGAACGGGGGCAACGUGAAUUAUCAGCACAGUCCCAUCCCCGGUAACCCGACGCCUCCGUUGACACCCGCCACCAGCAUGCCGCCUUACAUCAGUCCGAAUCCGGAUCCCAUCAAGCCUAAUUUCAAUGAGAUGAAAUCGCCCGUUAACAUUCAGAAUGAUGAAAUGAGACUAACAUUCCCCGUGAGAGACGGCAUAAUUCUUCCACCCUUCCGCCUAGAGCACAAUUUGGCUGUUAGCAAUCAUGUGUUUCAACUGAAGCCCACGGUGCAUCAGACGUUAGUGUGGCGAUCAGACCUGGAGCUACAGCUCAAGUGUUUCCACCACGAAGACAGACAGAUGAACACGAAUUGGCCGGCGAGUGUACAAGUCUCCGUUAACGCGACUCCCCUCGUGAUCGACCGCGGGGACAACAAAGCUACCCACAAGCCUCUCUACUUGAAGGACGUCUGUCAAGCAGGAAGGAACACAAUACAGAUUACCGUAUCCGCAUGCUGUUGUUUCAUAGACUGUGAUAAACGUAAGGUCACAAAUAUGCUAUUACAGUCGCACCUAUUUGUACUCCAACUGGUUCACCGACCCAGUGUGCGAAGUGUACUUCAUGGAUUAUUACGUAAAAGGUUGUUGACGGCAGAACACUGUAUAACGAAAAUCAAAAGAAAUUUCAGUAAUACGUUGUCGAAUGGCAUCCAAUCAGAGAAAGAUGUAGUCGAACAAACAGCACUAAAGGUACUCUUAAAAUGUCCUAUUACCCACAAACGCAUUACACUGCCAGCUAGAGGACAUGAAUGCAAGCAUAUACAGUGUUUCGAUUUGGAAUCGUACUUGCAAAUGAAUUGCGAACGAGGCAGCUGGAGGUGUCCAGUGUGUUCGAAAUCUGCACAGUUGGAGGGCCUAGAGGUUGAUCAGUAUAUGUGGGGUAUUCUGAAUACUUUAAAUACCACGGAAGUCGACGAAGUGACGAUAGACUCGGGCGCUAACUGGAAAGCCGCGAAGAACUUAACUGGUAUUAAAUCCGAGGAAGAAAGUGAUUGCAAAAGAACAACCAAGGCUAUGUCGCCAGGCAGUAUGAAUAUGCCAACUAUGAACAAUUGGGAUAUGAAUCAAGCUAUGAGUCCGUACAUACCGCCCGAUAUGAACAGUAUCGUGAGCGGCUCGAUGAUGAAUAACACAUCUUCCACGUAUCCGAGUAACAGCAUUAACCACCGGGGCGCGUCCGGAACAUACGAGAUGAACUCUGGAACGAAUACUAUCGGCAAUAAUGAUUACAUCGGUGGAACGGGUCCUCUCUCGCAUUUAAACGACUCCGUUAACUCUUUAGAUCCUCUCAAUGCUAUGGAGAAAUCACUCAACGACCAGAUGCCUCAUACUCCUCAUACGCCGCACACUCCGCAAUCUACCCCUCACACGCCAGCUGGUGGUGCCAGUGGACCGCCGAGUGUUCCGCCCGCGUCGCAAGAAUCCACGGGAAAUCACAACACCUCCGGCAAUACGAGUACCACAACCAUAAAUAACGAUUCCGCUGCGGAUAUACCAUCGGACUUAAAUUUCGACCCCGCUGCAGUUAUAGACGGGGAAGGUACCGGCCAAGAGGCGUUAAAUCUCUUGCCAGACAAUAUGGAUGCAAUGGAACUUCUCUCGUAUCUCGAUGCUCCUCCGGAACUAAACACUCCACCUAGUAGCGGCGCCAGCAGUGGUAAUCCUUCUAACGACGAUAUAUUGGCAUUCUUCGAUUAAGAAAAAAACUGAGAUAAAAGGCGAGUGAGUUUCGUAAAAAUGUAAUCAAAUUGCGACCCCCAUACUUUGUAACAAAAUGGUGAACAUCUUGCUAUAAUGAUCUUCUGACUACAGUAUUGCUGUGAAGAGACUUUUGUACAAGUCUCUUCCAAUCCUAUGAAAAGAACGAAGUUGAAUAAGAUAUUCAAUAUUUGUCUCUGAUAGGAGAAUAAACCUGGAAGGCUACUGUAUGUGAAUGGUUGCAGUAAAAAAAAAAAUUAAAUUGUAUUGGGGUCAUUGGGGGUGCUGCGUGUCACCUAAUUCAUGGUACAAAUAAUCUUAUGGUAAUUAUAAUAUUCCUAUUAAAUUUAGAGUUAAAAAGCUAAAGUUAAAAAAAUGAUUUUUAACGAUAAUACUGCAAACAAUAUACUAUUUGUAAAGACGUUAUUGCAUGGAUGGCAUUGUAUAUAUGUUAUUGAAAGAUAUGUUUUUGAAAAGAUAGAGAAAAUAAACACGAAACUCGUUAGGCAAGUAUUCUGGAAACGAUUGUGAAAUAGCAUAACUGUACGUUUACAUACAAAUUAUAUUAUUGUCAGUAUUCAGUUGUGUCACGAAUCGUAAUAAUGUUCAAUAGAAAAUGUCUGUUUAAGAGAUCAUUGUUAAUUUGUUUUAAGUCUGUCUUGCAAGAUCACAUUUUUUAUAUAGUUUUUGUGUUCACUUUAUCAAAAAGAAAUUAUAUUAAUCGAUGCGAAACUGUUUUAUUCGAAUCAUUUUCGAAUAUUUGCUCGAACGAAAAAUUAUGCUGUGCUAAUCUAUCGUUUCGGAAUAUUUCGGAGUUGUUCUUGCAAUAAGGUCUUUAUAUUCGAAAGCCGGUCUAUUCGCAUUCAAGGCUAUGAUAGACCUACAUAUUUAAAUUACAAAAAAUAAUUGUACAUAACUACUUUUGUAAAUAAAUUUUAAUUGACAUAAGAGUAAGAUAUUCAUCGGGAAUUGAGAAUUUCCCACCUAUUGAUGGAUAUUAUGCAAAUAGAUUGUUCCUUUACUUUAGAUUGUAGUAACAGAGAAAAAUUAGGGGAUAUCGGGCUUCACACUGGAAAUUUAACAAGAACAUGUGAUGUAUCUCCCGAGAUAGAAAUUACAGAUAUGAAAUAUAAAAAAAAGACGUAUAGAAAAUGAUAUUAACUUAAAUAAUGUCUUUAAAAGUCUAAUAAUUUUAUCAUUUUCAGAAGAUCUUAGCUCCCUACAAAGAUAUCUCUGUAUGCACGUAUGUUUGACUAUUGUAAAUAAGUGACAAAGAUGAAAAAUACGUGUGCAUCUAACAUCUCGGAAAAUUUAAUACUUGAAAUGUAUUUGCAAAAUUUUCUUUCUCGCAUUAAUCUAAUUUUCAAGUUACAAUUUUCUACUUUAGACAAAA